AAGCGAGGGCACAAUUCAUCAAUUUCCACAAUUUUAACCCGUCCCGAGCCUCCUUCGCCAAAUUCUUCAGUCAACCCACGACAAGACCUCGACACCCAUCUCAACUCCAAUCUAUACAUAGCAGCAGCAACCGCCGCAAAGAUGGUUCGAUACGCUGCCCAGGACAUCGACACGGCAAAGUCGGCCCGCGCCCGCGGCUCCUACCUGCGCGUUUCCUUCAAGAACACCCGAGAGACGGCCCAGGCCAUCAACGGAUGGAAGCUGGUCCGCGCCGUCAAGUUCCUCGAGAACGUCAAGGAGAAGGUCGAGGCCGUCCCCAUGCGGCGGUACGCCGGAAGCAUAGGCCGAACAGCCCAAGGCAAGCAGUUCGGUGUGACGCGCGCCCGGUGGCCGACCAAGUCGGCCGAGUUCCUCCUCGGCCUGCUGAAGAACGCCGAGUCCAACGCCGAUGCCAAGGGCCUUGACACCAGCAACUUGAUCGUCAAGCACAUCCAGGUCAACCAAGCCCCCAAGCAACGAAGGCGAACCUACCGAGCGCACGGUCGUAUCAACCCUUACAUGUCGAACCCGUGCCACGUCGAGCUCAUCCUAACCGAGGGCGAGGAGGUGGUCCAGAAGUCGGAGGCGAUCGUCGGGCGCGAAGAGGCACACCUGAACUCUAGGCAACGAGGUGCCCGCAUCCGGCAGGCCAUCACCGCUUCGUAGACAGUUCGGCGGGAGGAAGUAGGAGAAGCAGGAGCCGGGGAUGGCGAGAGAGAGGCAUGUGAUGAUAAAACAAUGGACGACAUGGUUCAGGGGUUCAGUUGCUUUCACUCCAGGUGUAAAGGCGGUCGUAAAGCAUGGGUCUAGGUUUAUGGCAUGCAACUCGCGAAUAAAACACUCUUCGUGAUAUUACCCCCCCCCUAACAAAAAGAAUACAAGAAAUAUUUGAUGAACGAAAA